UUCCAUUUUAAAGUACAGGUUGUAUCUGCAGUAAAGGUUUCAAAAAAACAAGCUAGUUUUUGGAAACAGGACGAGUUAACAUGAAGAUAUUGUCUAUGGUUUUGUUAUCUAAAGUCUGGGGCGUUUUAAUUGGGAUGUUGUAUACCAUUUAGAGUUUUCUUUAGAGGAAUUAUUUCCUGUGCAAUGGUUAUCUCGUUCCAAACAAACCCCUUUGAAAGACAGACGCAGAUGAGAAGUAUGUCCUGUAAUUCCCUAUACAGUAGAAUCCCGUUGCAGAAAUGGAACAUUAAACUAACGCACUACAAAGUCUGCGGGAAGGAUUCCAGCGCACACGGGGUUAGGGGUUCUGUUUUUCAAAGACUAAGUAUUUUGGCAUUCGACCCAUCUGUGACCCGUCUUUACAAGAGAAGCUAAUUAUUGAUAACCCUUGGGGGUUGGGGAGAAUUUAGAAUUUGCACAUACUUCCUACACAGAAGAGCAGGACCGGAUUAAACUAUGUGAGAGAGCAGAGAUGUCCCUGGACAGAGAGCAGGGGGCAUUUUCAGGGCAAGAGCAGACAGCACCCUGUGCAGGAAACCAGGCAGCAGCUGGGGAUGACAGUGUUCUGGAAAUGCUAAGCUGCGCUAAGUUUUCUGAUCUGGAAGCUUGGUUAUGCAUGCCUUCCACACUGCUGCCCAGAGCUCUGGAAUCAGCCGGGGAGGUGAUGCAGACACAGGGAGCAGCACAAUGCCACGACCAAAGAAUAAGGCCUGUGGAAAGAAAAGCGUUGGUGUUGGGGAAGUCCCAGACCCUCCCUCUGCUCCCCUCCCCCGACGUCUCGACCGGGAGGAAGCGAAGACGCCUGCCCAGCUCCCCCGGGGGGCUCCUGUGUAACAGAGCAGGAGCACGGCGCUGGGAAUGUGACAGAGCUGAAACACUGCCUUCAGCAGCCGAGAAGCUCAAUGCCAGCAAUGAUCCUGCUGUGCUCCUCUGGGAGAUCGCAGACAAGGCAGCCCUGAGGAAGAGUCUCUCUGCUGACGAGCGGCUGCUCCAGCAGCAACGCAAAGAGCAGCACAAACUGCUCAGCAGGCUGGAGAAGGGCAGGAGCAAGCUGAGGAACAUUCACAGUCUUGGAUCCACAGACGGACACGAACCUCAAACAAAGACGGAGAACAGGAUUGCCCGUUUUGCUCAGCGGCUGAAUCAAAAGCAAAGAGGGCAAAGCCAGUGCAAUGCGCUGAACGUGGACUUUAGGCACUUCAUGCUCCCAGGUUCCCCAGGCAUUUCACAGAGCUUAGAUAGAAACUUUCAUGUCAAAAUGACCCAGCAAAUGCAGAAUCUGCACCUGUCUCACGCCAAGAAGAGCAGCGGGCCGUCCUCCCCCAGCGCGGCCAAGCGCCUCUACCGCAACCUCUCAGAGAAGCUGAAGGGCAGCCACUCCUCCUUCGACGAGCCCUAUUUCUUCGGCCGCUUGGAUAGGCUGAGGAAAGUGUCCGUGAACGUGCAGUGCAGCGAGGCUCUGUUCGAGGCGGUGGAGCAACAGGAUCUGGAUGCCGUUCAGCUCCUGCUCUACCAGUACUCAGCCGAGGAGCUCGACCUCAACACCCCCAACAGUGAGGGGCUAACGCCGCUGGACAUCGCCAUCAUGACCAACAACGUGCCCAUGGCCAGAGUCCUGCUGAAAGCUGGGGCCAAGGAGAGCCCGCAUUUCGUCAGCCAGGAGAGCAGAGUACUGCACCUCAGCACCCUUGUGCAGGAGGCACAGCGUCGCGUGAGUGAGCUGUCUGCACAGGCGACGAGCGAGGGGCUGAGCCUCGACAGCACGGAGAGAGAGAAGCAGCUGAAAGCCUGGGAGUGGAGGUACCGGCUCUACAAGAGGAUGAAGACAGGCUUCGAACACGCCAGAGCCCCGGAGACACCGUCCAGCGUCCGUCUCACUGUAACGAGCAGCACGUCCCUCACUGUCACCUUCCAGGAGCCCCUCAGCGUCAACUCGGCUGUGGUCACCAGAUACAGAGUCGAGUGGAGCUGCUCGAAGGACUUUUCCACGUUGGCUGGAGAAAUAAUCAUGGAUAAUCUUCAGUCUUUGAGGUGCACUAUCGCAGGUCUAACAACGGGUCAGGCCUACUACGUUCAAGUUUCAGCCUACAAUAUGAAGGGGUGGGGGUCGGCACAGGGAGCCACUCCUGAUGUCGCUGUCCCGUCGAACUGGAAGGAGUAUGGUGGCAGGGAGCCGCGCCGGCACACAGGGCAGAUUGAUGCCCUGGAAAGGCUCCUCCAGCAGGUUCGAGGCGCACAUCAACGUUACAGCUGUCGAGAGUCGUCCAAGUCGCAGAAUCCAAGUCGCAAGCAGUCUGUCUCCAGAAGCCUGAAGCACCUCUUUCAUUCUUCAAACAAGUUUGUGAAAACGUUAAAAAGGGGGCUCUAUGUGGCAACAGUGUUCUAUCACAAGGACAACAUUCUGGUGACCAAUGAGGAUCAGAUCCCCAUUGUUGAAAUAGACGAUUCCUUCACCAGCUCCAUCAUGCAGGACUUUCUCUGGUUCACAAAGCUGUCGUGCAUGUGGGAGGAUGUCCGCUGGCUACGGCAGAGCAUGUCUGUCUCCAUGUCCUCCUCAUCUGCUCUCCAAGCUCUGCAGAAGAUGCUGGCAGCAGCCGGGCAGUUGCAGGAUUGUUUGCGACCAAGCGUCGAGCCAGCGAGACAGUCCGCCAGCUCACAAGGAGUGAAAUGUGAAGUAAUAAACCUGGAGAUCCCAAUCAGCAGGAGUCCAGGAAUCUCGUCAGACCAUGAGUGUGGCCUCGCUGGAAUUCAAUUAGCUGUGAAAGGACAGGAUUGUUUACUGAAUUUGCUUGGCACGCAUAACUUGGGACGUGUUUAUUACGAGCCCAUUAAAGACAGACAUGGCAAUGUGCUGCUAGUUACUAUAAGAGAGGUAGAGAGCCUCUACUCCUUCUUCAAUGGCAAGUGGAUGCAGAUAUCCAAACUGCAGAGCCAGAGGAAAUCCCUCUCUACCCCGGACGAGCCCACGGCUCUCGAUGUGCUGCUGAUCACAAUCCAGGAUGUCCUGUCCUAUCAGCGGAGGAGCCAGCAUCGCCUGUCUCCGGGACUGUACCUGGGCUACCUGAAGCUGUGCAGCUCCGUGGAUCAGAUUAAAGUCCUCGUCCCGCAGAAGCUGCCCAACGUCCUGUGCCACUCGAAAAUCCGAGACAACUGCAACGUGUCCAGAGAUGAGUGGGAAUGGCUCCAGAAGCUGUCUGGCCCUGCUUAUGUGGAAAGUACUGAUCAGAUGCCUGCCUGCCACACUCAAUUGUUCUUCUAUGAGCUCCAGAUGGCUGUGAAAGCACUGCUUAAACAAAUCAAUCUACCUCUGCACCAGGCCAGGCACUUGCGUCUGUACACACAGGAGGUGCUGGAGCUGGGUCACAAUGUCUCCUUUCUUCUGCUGCUGCCUGCCUCAGACGACGUCUGCACUGCCCCGGGACAGAGUAACCCUUACACCCCACUCUCAGGCUUUCUUAACCUCCCUCUUCAAAUGUUUGAACUAGUUCAUUUUUGCACUUACAAGGAGAAAUUCAUCAGCCUGUACUGCCGCCUGUCUGCUGUGCUGGACCUCGACUCGCUCAUUACCCAGCAGUCCCUGCGAGAGGCCAUCUCCGACACGGAAGUUGUGUCGGCUAAGCAGAGGCAUCAGCAAGUUCUAGACAACAUGCAGCAAAUGGAUGAGAUGUGGCGUGAGAUGAGGUGGAUCAUGGACGUGCUGCAGUAUGCCCGCUACAAGCAGCCUGUGGGUGGCCUGCCUGUGCCGUGGCUUGUGGACUCCACGGUGGAGCAUGUGCCCGAGAAGAACGACUCCACGUCCUCGCACAUGGACUACCUGCCCACGCCCUCCCCCUCGCCAGAGAUGCAUCGCAGGAAGGCUGUGAGCGACUACCAGCCUUGCUCCGAUGAAGAGGGCUGCUCGGAAGUGUUUCUCCCCACAGACAGCGACUACGACUCGAGCGACGCCCUGAGCCCGCGAGAGCUGGACCUCGUCUACUCCUCAUCCCAGGACAUCUCCCAGCAGGUGCUUUCAGGGCUGAGCGGGAGUGCACCAGACGUGCUGCAGGUGCACGACCUGAAGUCGCCCCUCAGCCCCAGGGAGCAGUGCAACAGGGGGCCCUUCGACGCAGACACAGACUCCUGCACGAAGACCAUGGGCGGCUUGACUCUAAGGGGCACAGACAAGGCCGCUUCCGGCAACCAGCCGGGGAACAACCCCCCUAGCAAGAGGAAGCUUCUGUCCAAACACCAUCACCACAGCUACUUCAGCUGCCACCACCGCUGGCUGCGCGUGCACAGCGAGAGCCAGGCCACCUCGCUGUCGGAGGGGCUGUACACACAGCAGCGGGAGUGCCCGUCCUUACCGCUGGAGUCUGCCUGCGGAGGAGACAUGAAGACCGUAGCAGAGCUACCGCGUAGCUCUUUCUUACCUCACGCCUCCAGCCUCCCGGAAGAAGGGAAGGAGUCCAAACCGAACGUCCGCAGGAUAUUCGUGGAGCCUUGCAAAAUGCCGUCGUCCAACGAGGGCUUGAAAGCGUGGACUCUGAACGUAGGAGAGUCUCCCCCCGCGGUGGGAGACGCGAGUGCCAUAGCUGGAGGCACGAGACAAGACAUUGACUCCGAUGACCAAACCAAUUCUCAAGUAUCGGAAAUAUUCAGCAGUACACUCUAGGAGUAUAAACGCUUUUACUUGAUCAAAGAUGUUCUUUUUUUUUUUUUUUUUAAUGCCAUUUGUAUAUGAUAUGAACGUUGUUGGAAUCUGUUUGUAUUUUUGUACGUGUUCUAUAACUGAGCAUGCAAAGCUGUUAUUUUUUUUUGUGUGUGUUAUUUUAUGUAUCGUGCACAAGGCUUACUGGGAUGCUGCAUCCUUGAAUGAAAUUGUAAUAAAAGAACUUCACUAAAGUUGCUGGACAACUCUUUAAAGUAAGAAAAAUACACCCAUGGCUCUUGACUGUUCUAAUAAUCAAUGCAACGCUGAGAUAAGCACUGCUUGUACGAUUUUAACUUGAACAACUGCGUGCACCCGAGGCACAACGGGCAAGUAACGUAGUACGUUUUAAAAUUCAAUUCAUGGCUUUAAAAAUAUAGUUUAAAAAUAAGUUAAAUUAAAAAAAGAAAUGAAAAGUUACCAUGCUUGUGAAUUGGCACUGUUCAGCCAUAUGUUUAAAUACAGGAAUACAGUGGAAUGCUGCAUAUCCAGCCAGCUGGACGGCACCAAAAUAUUGAUCUUCUUAAACAAGAAUUAUUGUACAAAUUCACGUGUUAUUUGUGCUCUGAACUUCUGGAAACACAUCUAAUAGAUCAUGCAUUUAUCCAAUGUCUGCAAGUAUUUCCACAAAGUGUCUUUCUCCAUCUUGUCAGAAUGCUGUACUUUACGUGUCUGUGGGUCAGUGGCUUCGUUUGUGUUUGUGUCCACAGUCCUAGUCGAUUCACUGUCGUCUUCAUCAGCAUUUUUAACCUUACAGAAGUAGUUUGUAGUAGAAGUUCCUAAUGUUCUUUUCAUUGCAUCAAGAGAACUAUUGACUGAAUCAGACAGCUGUACGGGAGAUGUGAGUAAUGUGACUUAGCUUGCCUAUAUUCCGGCUAGACUACACCACUGGCACUAAUCCUAGACUACCUUACCUAAAUUAACAAGAAGUAGUCCAAGAUUACUGCUAAUCAGGGUCUGCAUUGCACUUUAAUUUCAUUCUGUCUGUCAAAAAAUACCCUGUGAUUUAAAAGGUAGCGGUAUUUAAAUAUGCCUCCUGUUUAGAUCACUGACGUACAAUAGAAGGGAAGACCCCCUUAAUGUUCUGUUCAGGUAUUCAACAUUCCACUGCGGUUCCAAUUCCGUUCCAUAAUGGUACCACUGAAUUCCAAUAUGUUAGAUUCUGAAACUUCAUAUUAGGACUACAGAAAAGAAGAAUUUUUUUGUCAUAAAAAAAAGCAUUAUGAUGUAUCGUUUUAAGUGUAAAACAAAAUGAUAGUGACUGCCUCCAGAGGAAAUGUGUGUUUUUUUUUUUUUUUUUAUUUAGUAGUCGCCAUUAAUUUUACCCCAUUUUUCUCCCAAUGUAUCAUAUCCAAUUAUGUUUUAGGCUCAGCUCACCGCUCCCACCCCUGCGCUGACUCGGGAGUGGCGAAGAUGAACACACGCUGUCCUCUGAAGCGUGUGCCGUCAGCCAACCGCUUUUUUACACACUGCAGACUCGCCAUGCAGCCACCCAAGAGCUACAGCGUCGGAGGACAACGCAGCUCUGGGCAGCUUACAGGCAAGCCCGCAGGCGCCCGGCCAGACCACAGGGGUCGCUGGUGUGCGGUGAGCCGAGGACACCCUGGCCGACCUAAGCCCUCCCCCCCCCUGGGCGGCGCUCAGCCAAUUGUGCACCACCCCCUGGGAGCUCCCGUCCACGGUCGGCAAUAGAAUAGCCUGGUCUCGAACCGGCGACGUCCAGGCUAUAGGGCGCAUCCUACACUCCACGAGGAGCGCCUUUACAGGAUUUUUUAGUGUUUUAUGUGUGAAGUAUUUAAGACAGUUUAUCACCCAGAUGGGCUCGUUUGGAAUUGUGUUUAAUAUGUUUGCAGACCAGAGUAAAAAGAGUAUUUUCAGAAAAAACAAGGGUUUCAUUAAAACUUUGUGUGUGUGUGUAUAUAUAUGUAUAUAUAUAUAUCUAUAUAUAUAUAUAUAUAUAUUAGUGCAAAGGGCAUUAUUAAAGUUUGUAAAUAGUGUUUGUUUGCUAGUUGCAAUCGUCUAAAUGUUAUUAUGUGUUGUUAGUAAUAUAGUCUGGUGUAUGUUGAACAAAUAACAAAUACUAGCACAAUUUUAUGUGCUUCAGAAACAUCAGUUUGAUAGCCAUGAAUAAGCAUAUUGUCAUACAGUAACACUAUAAAAUAAUGACCACAAAUUCACAAUGAAUUCCAUCUGAAUCCCACAGAAAUGGCACCUGAAUAUCUUCUGCACUUCCUGUGAGUUCUAAAGUCAUUCAUUUUGAAUUCAGCCCUGUUACUUUAUGUGGGUUUAAUUACCUGCAUUAAUUCCGUGUUCCUUUGUAACACAUGGUGUGGAUCUCAUAUAAGGCAUGCAUUCCUACCCUGUUACUCGCCCACCAGGGGAUUGUGAGAACUGUUAAUGUUGAUACCAUGCAUGCCACACACACGCACGCAUGCACGCAUGCACACACACACACAUAACAUGACCCAUGCCUUUGCACUCACACUGAAGACACACUGUAUAGAAGUUAUACAAGUGUGAUUCUACAUGAAGGGGUUUAUACAGCCUCUUUUUAGAAUGUCUUUAUAAUAGCUUUUUGUAUUUCAUUACAAUAACAUCAUUGUUUUCCCAGUACAAGGAAAAUUACUCUUUUUUUU